AUGGCGUUCGUCCAUGGCGAGCAGCAAGCAGUGCCUUCCGACGAGGACAUGGUCGGAGCUUUCGCCCUUCUCUACCACCACGCCUUCAGCUACAUCAAGACCAUGGCGCUCAAAUGCGCCGUGGAACUCGGCAUCCCCGACGCCAUUCACGGCCGUGGCGGAGCCGCCACCCUGGCUGAGAUCGCCAACGACGCGGGGGUGCACGAGUCCAGGCUCCCCGACCUGCGGUGCCUGAUGAAGCUGCUGACCACGUCCGGGCUUUUCAGAGCCACCGCCGCGGACGGCGGCGAGGUGGCGUCGUACGGGCUCACGGUGGCGUCCAGCCUCGUGGUCGGCCCACGCAGCCUAUCCAACAUGGUGCGGUUCGACAGCGCGCGGCCCGGUCUCCCUCACCCCGUUCUUCGACAUGCCCACGUGGCUCCGGACCGCGCCGGCGCCGGAGCCGGAGGCCCCCAAGUCGCUCUUCGAGCUGACCCACGGCCGCUCCCGAGCCAGCUGCUGAUCGAGGCGGUUCUUGGCGGCCACCGCGACGUCUUCCACGGGCUGACCUCGCUGGUGGACGUCGGUGGCGGCCAGGGCUCCUUCGCCAAGGCCAUUGCGGCGGCGUUCCCGGGCAUCAAGUGCACCGUAAUGGAUCUGCCCCACGUCGUUGACGACGCCCCCGUCGCUGGUGGCGACGUGCAGUUUGUUGCCGGCGACAUGUUCGAGUCCAUUCCAACACCGGAUGCUGUUUUACUCAAGUAUGUUUUGCAUUGCUGGGACGACAACAAUUGCGUCAAGAUUCUUAAGCAUUGCAAGGAUGCUAUCCCUGCAAGAGACGCCGGAGGAAAGGUGGUAAUCACAGAGAUGGUGCUGGGGUCCGGGCCUCAUCGUGACACAAAAGUUGCUGAGACAGAAGAGAAGCAUAGCUUGUUCCUCACGUGCAUCAGCGGCAUGGGGCGAGAGGAGCAUGAGUGGAAGAAGAUUUUCCACGAUGCUGGAUUCAGCGACUACAAAAUCACUCCGGUGAUGGGCCCGAUUUCGGUUAUCGAGGUUUACCCUUGA